AUGAAAAUAAGUCGUGUAGUUAAUACUAAUUAUGCAAUGUGGGAAGAAAAUGGUAAUGGAUUCAAUUUUGGCAGCACUUUUUAUAUGUUAAAUCAAUCUAUUUAUUUGAACUAUAAUGAUCGUUAUGAUGGUAAUAUUGUUGCAAAUUCAAGUUUCAAUUCUAAUUUUGUUCCAUCUCUUAUUGAAGUUUUUAAAGUUAUACCAAAUGUUUCUAAGGCCAUUGAAUAUUAUACGGAUUCUUGGUGA